GACAUCAUAAAACUUACAACGUUCUUUGUGAAUACAACAACUCUUAGAUCGAAAAAUCGCCUAAAAUGAAAUUCAUCAUUGUUUUCGCCGCUCUCUUUGCCGUUGCCUUGGCUGCCCCCGCUCAGGAUUACGCCAAUGCCGAGGUUUUGCGUUUGGAGUCGGAUGUCAGACCAGAGGGUUAUAACUUUGCCUUGGAAACCAGCGAUGGCAAGACCCACCAAGAAGAGGGUUCCUUGAAGAAUGUCGGAUCCGAAGAUGAAGCCAUUGUUGUUCGUGGCUCCUACUCCUUCGUUGCCGAUGAUGGCCAGACCUACACCGUCAACUAUAUUGCCGAUGAAAACGGUUUCCAACCCGAAGGUGCCCAUUUGCCCAACACUGCCCACUAAAAGCGGAUAUUGGAUAUAAUGUGACCCCCAAACUGUAGAAAAGAAAAAAACCAAACCUAGUGAUAAACAAGAGCUGUUUAAAAUCCUUCCCAAAAAAAAAAAAAAAAAAUAAAUAAAAAAAUAUGAAAAAAAUACAAAGAAAACAUGUUAUAGUAUUAGUUUGCAAAUAAAGGCAUCAAAUGUUGUAAAAUCACAAAAGAAUGAAAAA